AUGAUACCACAAGGCUUAGCUGUCCAUUCGGAGCCAUCAUCAUCAAGUGCCACAACGACCACCACAGUUCGUUCUCAACCACCACUACCAACGACUCGUAUAAUUGCACCUUCUAUUCCACAUGAUGUUCUUUUUCAUCUCUUCACGAACUAUUGCUCUCCCGAUGUUUUUCUGGACGGACUUCUAUUAGUCUCCUCUCAUUGGAACCAAACAACCAAUCAUCACGGAGGUCAAUUUUGGAAAUUAGUCCUUGAGAAGUAUUUGCAACGUGAAUUACGACGAAUGGAGAUGUCAAAACAACAACACCCAGUACCUACCACUGAUGGCACAACAGUUUUCUUGUCAAAAGGAAACGACGAGUAUUGCAUUUAUGAGCCAAUUCAACCCGUAAAACAUACUCGAAGAAGACUUCGAAGAUGGCAUUAUUAUAAUCUUCUUCUCUAUACGGAGGCACGAAUGGAACUGUCACUGAAACGGUAUCAAGAAUUUCUCGAGUGCGUACGAGACAAGGUUAACGCGUAUCCUAAUUUAUCAGGAGAAACCUGUAAGAAGUUACUGAAAGCAGUUGUCAAACAAAGAUUUCAAAGAAAAUUUUCAAAUUAUUUCAUAGCCAUGUUUUUCAAAAUUCAAAAUAAUUUUCUUUCCAUGUUCAACAUGACAUUGGAUCCGAAAGAAUGCAUGGAAAAUCAUUUCAAAUUUUGGGAAGAGAUUGUGUCCGUUGUGAAAGGAAAGCCAUACGGAAUGAGUGUGAAAGAUAUUUGCCAGCUGUCAAUAUUGAAAAAGAACUAUACGUUAAUCUACCAUUUUGUGAAACAAACUGUAUUGUAUUUUCCAGAAAAGAAGAUGAGCGUAUUUUCAAAUGGAAUUUUACAGUUUUUAAUUCAAGAAGGACAAUCUCAUGUCUUGGCAUGUAUAGCAGACAUUAUUUGUCACAGCAACAUUCCUCCCGACAUUUUCAAUGCCUGUAUUCGUACAAGUAUGAUGAGUGUAGCUUCUAAUAGCCAUCAAUUAAUGACCCAUGAAGAAUUGUUCACCGAAGCUGACGAAACAAGAAUUGUAGCAUCAACCCUGCCUGGUAACACAUCUGAGAAUGCCGACAACACACAACUGAACAGUGACAAUAUUUCACUUUUGAACAAAAUCAUACAACAAUUCUCUUUUGAUAUAUCACGAAAUUUCUGGAACCCGGAACAUGUAUUGUUCAAAUUCAUGAUUGGCUUGAAUUAUGAAGAUUGGUCUGAUUUGAUUUUUGGAAUUUUUGCAAAACAAGUGCCACAUAUUUUACUGAACACACUUGUCCCACUAUCAGGACAAUAUGGCUAUAUUCUUGAUAAUAAUACGCUAGUACGAAAAACUCUCAUCAAACUUGUGAAAAAUCAACAAUUAGAUCAUUUUGAGUUGUUGAGACACUGUGCAACCAAUUAUCACCAUCACACCAUAUCACUGGUCAAACUUCUUAUUGAAGAUUGUGGAAUAGAUCCAAAUUUACUCAAUCAUGACUUUAACUCUUCACGCUCAUUACUUUUCAAAGUGAUUCAUGGUGAAUGUUGUGAACAACAUUAUUUUUCUCGUUAUCUUCACUUCUAUGAUUAUUCCAAGAUAAUAUUCCUUCUCGAUCAUGGAGCUCAAUUUGCACCUCAUGAAAGUAACCUCAUUCCAGAUUUACUAAAUAAGAUUCGAAUACGGCAUGGUCAUGCUAUGGGAUACGUUUCAUUGAUGCGAGAAAUUACAAAAAAGACAGGAUGGCGCAUGUCGUACACAACUAGCAUUAACUCAAAGCUUAUUGGAUAUGUAAACCUUCAAACUAACAUGGACGUUGUUCAUAAUUAUUAUAAGGAAAUAGGCUUGAUCUUUAGUGGAGAGUGA